AUGCCAUCACCUUCAAGCUCCAGCUCUGAACGCUCCUUUAAUGAGGAAGAAAAUGGAAGGGAGGUUUCUACACCAGAUUCAGAUCUUAUUGAUCACGAAACAUUUGACCAGCUACUGGAGAUGGACGAUGACGAAGAUCGUGACUUUUCCAAAUCUAUAGUUUGGAAUUAUUUCGAACAAGCGGAAACGACUUUUGAUAACAUGGAUAAUGCUUUGGAAAAGCGAAACCUUGAUGAAUUGUCUAAAUUAGGACAUUUCUUGAAGGGUAGUUCCGCUGCCAUUGGGUUAACCAAAGUCAAGGCAUCUUGUGAAAAGAUGCAACAUUUUGGUAAUAUGAGAGACGAGACAGGGACGAAUACCAUUUCUGAAGAUGAUGCAAUCACAAAAAUUUCAACCUUAUUGGAAAAGGUUAAAGAUGAAUAUAGAGAGGCAGAAACUUACCUGAAAAAUUUCUAUACGGAACGAGAUAAUUUAUGA